AUGCUGCUCACACCGCGAACGUAUUCCCUCGCUCAAAUUCCCGACUCGGGUUCGGCGCAAGCUAGAUCGUCGUAUUUUCUCAUAACACCUUCGCGCAAAGAGAGACAGCUCGAAGAACAGCGCGCCCGGAGGAUGUUGCUGCUCCACCAGACGGGGAGCGUCAAGGUGGGCGAGGUGGUUCGGUACACGGUCACCUACACCCCCUCCGAAGACCGCAUAUUGCCAUCGCCGCAGUUCCUGCAUGUGCGCAUACGAAACACGUCUGCGCUACCGCUCCGCGCUGCUUACCUCCACGGACCCUACACUAUCCAUGUCGCCGCAUACCCUUCCACCUUCAAUCCAAAUAAAAAAGUCGAAGCGCCGAAGAGAGAUGGAGUGCCCGAGUUUGAGCCAAACCUCAAGGCCGGAGGCUCCUGGACGGCUAGGCUGACCGUUCCAGAACACAUCAGAGAAGUCGGCGGCAAUCGGGAAUCGAACGAUGAGACGCCGAAGAGCGCAACAUGGAUAAUAGAGGUCGCGUCGCAGAUAAUCUUCUCGCAGUCCGCCUCUGUGAGCUAUGAGUUGCUGGUCGCGCGAGACGAGAGGUCGCUAGAUUUGGGCUUCACGGCCAUCACCGGAAACUCCCAUGGCGCCCCUGGGCAGGUUCAAGACCACCAGCAGGGCAGGCAUUCGCACACGGCAAAGCAUUCUACAAAUUCAAAAGGUGUCUAUUCAAAAGCGAUUAAGCUGGUUGUAGACGAUACUACGAGCUUGUGGAAUAAGCCGGAACUGCCGGAGUGGAAAGACGAAGACCGUCCAGCAUCCCGGCGCAAGUCGAAAGAUUCCCAACGCAACCAGCCCAAAGAGAAGGGAAAACAAAAGAAGAUACACCUUGUGAUUCUCACCCAUGGACUGCACAGCAACCUUGGGGCGGACAUGCUUUACCUUAAGGAGAGCAUAGACGCGACCGCCAAGCAGGCCCGGGAGGACCGGAGGAGACGACGGCAGGAAGAGAGGCAACACAAGCAGACACAUACUACCAGUGUGGACGAUACCUCUACCGCACCCCUCUCAGGCGGCCAAGAGAGCCUGCCCCAAGAGGAAGAAGAGGAUGACGAAGAAGAGAUUGUUGUCCGUGGUUUCGAUAAGAACGUGAUACGAACAGAACGCGGCAUCCAAUACCUCGGAAAGAGACUGGCGAAACACGUCCUGGAAUUGACCUAUCCGGACCAGCCUUACCUCCCAAUCAAGAAAAAGAAGUUCACAGCACUUUCGCCAACCGCCAAGGACAAGUCAGAUGUAGGCCUUCCUUCGCAUUCUGGUAGUAGCAUUCAUCACCAGCACCAUGCACACGAGCAAAAGCGAGCAUACAAAUUCACGAGCAUUAGCUUUAUUGGUCAUUCUCUUGGCGGGCUUGUUCAAACAUACGCCAUUGCAUAUAUACACAAGCAUUCUCCACAAUUCUUCGAGAACAUCAAGCCUGUCAACUUCAUAACUAUGGCAUCUCCAUUUCUCGGGCUGAGCAACGAGAACCCGAUGUAUAUCAAGUUCGCUCUUGACUUUGGCUUAGUGGGAAGAACCGGGCAAGAUCUCGGCCUCACAUGGCGAGCUCCUACGAUUGCAAGGAACGGAUGGAGCGCGAUGGUCAGUGGAUUUGGGCAAUCUCAGAAUCAGCAUAGGCAGGACGACGCCGGAUCCAAACCUCUUCUCCGAAUCUUGCCGACCGGACCGGCCCACGUCGUGCUGCGGAUGUUCAGGAAUCGGACCGUAUACUCUAACGUCGUCAACGACGGAAUUGUACCGCUGCGCACCAGCUGCUUGCUGUUCCUUGACUGGAGAGGUCUGGGCAGGGUCGAGAAGGCAAGGAGGGAGAAUGGCCUCAUCGGGACUGUUGCUGCGUGGGGUUGGGGUCAAAUGACGGGCCAGAAUGCGUCGCCUAAUCCAUCGAGAGUGGGAUUCUCGGACGAGGAGAACGGAGGCGACUCUCCGCCUCCAUUUAAUGGUGAUGAUACCGCAGUUCCUCUGCCAGGCGCAGAUGUCACAAACCAAGAUGAUGAAGCUCAAGCCGCUGCGGAACCCAGUGCCAAUCAGUGGUUAGACGGCGAGAGGCGCGACUCCGCCGGCCGCCCGGCAUCCCCCAAUACGAACCAGUCGACAAAUACCCUAAGCACGCUGUGGAACUACAUCCGGCCCUCUGGUAAGCAUACCGCGAAAGACAAGAAGAUGUUCAAAAGAAGCCAGACAAUUGCGAUGGAGCAGGAGGAGGCCCAUGGCGGCGGCUCGACCGAGGCCUCAUCUUCGAACAGCUCUGAUCAGCCAACGAAGAGGCCUCCGGCGACUCGCGGUGACUCCAUAGUCAACGACCCAAACAACCUGUCUGCUCCACCGAAGACGACAAUAUUCGAAUCUGCCGGCGACCUUCUUAGUCCUCCUGUUCCACCGAGCCACUGGAUCAUUGAUCCAUCUACACGGGCGCGCACAAUCUUCCAUGACCGUAUCUAUCACCCCGAAGAUAUCCCACCACCGCCAGUCAAGAAGAAGGGCACUGGCCGUUCCUUCUCUAGCGAGAGCACCGGAUCACAACACUCAGAACGUAGUACCGAAGAGAGCGGUAUGCGCGUUGAGGAAAAGAUUGCUAGGGCUUACCACAAGGACCUCUCUUGGCGGAAGGUGUUGGUCCGCCUUGAGCCCGAUGCACACAACAAUAUCGUGGUCCGACGCAUGUUCGCGAAUGCUUAUGGAUGGCCAGUUAUCAAGCAUUUGUGCGAUACUCACUUCGCGGACACAUAUGCAGCUACGACACGCGACGAGCUUGAGCCAGCGAACGACCGGGCAAAGGGUGUCGAGGUUCCGGUCUCUGAAGAAGGGGAGCAUGUCAAAGGCCAAACGAACAUCCAGCCACCUGUCGAGCGCACAGACAGUGAGCUUCGAGAGGUGGCGGAUGAGCUUCCACCACUUAAACAACGCAGCCAACAUCAUCGCCGGCUCCAUACUGCUGAUUCUAUGGGAAGCAAAGGCUCGUCGACGUGGGACGACUUGUACUUUGAAGGCACGUCGGAUGAGGAAGACGACGAGCAGGACGAUCGCAAUGCUAUCCAGCGGUUCUUACAGCUACCAACACCGAAGAGUAAGCCUAGCUCACCGACGACGCCUCGGACCCCUGAAGGGCACGGCACGAGCGAAGCAGAGAUUGCUGAUUUUCUCUCUGCAUCACCUAAGGGUGUGGAGUUCCACCGUGGACUGGGUGCAUCGCCCGGCAAGUCCAAUUCUACUCGCGAGCCGGACUCUCUUGAGUCUAUGGGUGGGAUGGUUCUUGGAAGAGGACGACAAGGUGCGAGCCCGCCGCAAACUCCGUCGGCGAAUAUCAGUGGGGUUGGUCUGAGGAGGUCGCUGGAAGUGACUACGCCGUCAUCUCAGGAGCCCGGGCGGGCGAGGAGCGGGAGUGGAGGUGUGUCGGAACAGGUAGCACGCGGCUUUUCGAAGGAUCACAAGUAG